AUGGCUCUGUUCCCUGUCACUUCAGGGCUGUGGGGCUGGGGGGCAGAACUGGCCUGUAGAUUGGGGAUUGGCUCCAAGGAGCUGCCCUGCCGGAACCCGCUUUUCAGCCCCCAUUGCCUUGGGCACAGUCAGCCUGCAGCAUGCCCUCUCCCUCCUCUGCAGUCAAAGGUGCCCGGGACCUGCCUGCUCACUGUUCGUGUCCUGCAAGCCCAUGAUCUACCCUCUAAGGACCUUGUGACCCCCUCCGACUGCUAUGUCACCCUCUGGCUGCCCACUGCCUGUAGCCAGAGACUGCAGACCCGCACCGUGCGGAACAGCAGAAACCCCGUCUGGAACCAGAGCUUUCACUUCCGGAUCAACAGCCAGCUCAGGAACAUCAUGCAGCUGAAAAUCUUCGACCAGGACCUGGUCACCAGUGAUGACCACCUGCUGUCCGUGCUAUUUGACGUGGGGACCCUGCGGGCCGGGGAGCUUGUGCACAACAGCUUCCCCCUGGGCUCAAAGGCAAGCAAGCGGCUGGAAGUGGAGUUUCACCUGCGGAGCCUGCCAGACUGUACUGAGCAGCUCGUCAGCAAUGGCAUCCUGGUGGCCCGGGAGCUCUCCUGUCUGCACGUGCAACUUAAGGAUAUGGGGGACCGGCAGGGCUCGCGGAGCAAAGUCCAGCUUGCGGUGCCCGGGUCCUGUGAGGGGCCUCAGGAGGCGUCUGUGGGUGCUGGCUCCUUCUGCUUCCACUUCCCUGCCUGCUGGGAGCAGGAGCUGAGUAUCUACUUGCAGGAUGCCCCCCAAGAGCGAUUAAAGGUGCCCCUGAACUCCCUGCCCAAUGGACAGGUGGUGAGACUCGUCUUUCCUACAUCCCAGGAACCCCUCAUGAGGGUGGAGCUGAAGAAGGAAGAAGGCCCCCCAGAGCUGGCCGUGCGGCUGGGCUGUGGACCCUGUGCCGAGGAGCAGGCCUUCCUGAGCAGGAGGAAGCAGGUGGUGGCGCGAGCUCUGAAGCAGGCCCUGCAGCUGGAUGGAGACCUGAGGGAGGACGAGGUCCCAGUGAUCGCAGUGAUGGCCACAGGAGGUGGCAUCCGGGCGAUGACCUCCCUGUACGGACAGCUGGCCGGCCUGCAGGAGCUGGGCCUCCUGGACUGUGUCUCCUACAUCACAGGGGCUUCGGGCUCCACCUGGGCCCUGGCCAACCUCUAUGAGGACCCAGAGUGGUCUCAGAAGGACCUGACUGGUCCCACCGAGCUGCUGAAGACUCAGGUGACCAAGAGCAAGCUGGGCGUGCUGGCGCCAGGCCGGCUGUGGCAGUACCAGCAGGAACUGGCCGAGCGCACCCGCCUGGGCCAUCCCCCCUGCUUCACCAACCUCUGGGCGCUCAUCAACGAGGCGCUGCUGCACGAUGAGCCCCAUGAGCACAGACUGUCGGAGCAGCGGCAGGCCCUGAGUCGUGGUCAGAACCCUCUGCCCAUCUACUGUGCCCUCAACACCAAGGGGCAGGGCCUGAGCACCUUUGAAUUCGGGGAGUGGGCCGAGUUCUCCCCCUAUGAGAUUGGCUUCCCCAAGUACGGGGCCUUCAUCCCCUCCGAGCUCUUCGGCUCCGAGUUCUUCAUGGGGCGCCUGACGAAGAAGCUCCCUGAGUCUCGCAUCUGCUUCCUGGAAGGGAUCUGGAGCAACCUGUACGCAGCCAACCUCCUGGACAGCAUGUACUGGGCCUCAGACCCCGGGCAGUUCUGGGAGCGCUGGGCGCAGGACCAGGCCACCCUCGAGAAGGAGCGGGUCCCUCUCCUGAAGAUAGAGGAGACGCCAACGGUGGCCGGCAGGAUCGCCGAGUUCUUCACCGACCUGCUGACGCGGCGCCCGCUUGCCCAGGCCUCCCACAACUUCCUCCGUGGCCUUCAUUUCGACAGGGACUAUUUCGAGCACCCAUACUUCUCUGCUUGGAGAGCCACCAAACUGGAUGGGCUCCCCAAUGAGCUGACCCCCACGGAACCCCACCUCUGCCUACUGGACGUGGGCUACCUCAUCAACACCAGCUGUCCCCCGUUGCUGCAGCCCAUGCGGGAUGUGGACCUCAUUGUGUCCCUGGACUACAAUCUCCAAGGCGCCUUCCAGCAACUGCAGCUCGUAGGCCGAUUCUGCAAGGAGCAGGGCAUCCCCUUCCCACCCGUGGAGCCGGAAGCCCAUGAACUGCAGCAACCCCGGGAGUGCCACCUGUUCCUGGACCUGGAUCGCCCCGAAUCCCCCGCCGUGCUUCACUUCCCUCUGGUCAACGACUCCUUCCGGGAAUUCUCAGCUCCGGGCAUCCGGCGCACGCCAGAGGAGCAGGCGGCCGGGGAGGUGGACCUGUCCCCCAAAGGCUCCCCUUACCACUACUCGAAGGUGACCUACAGCCCAGAGGACUCAGACAAGCUGCUCCGCCUGUCGCGCUACAACAUCUGCAACAACAGCGAGCGGCUGCUGGAGGCGCUGCGCGAGGCUGUGCUGCGGCGGAGGCUGCGGGGGCGGCGGCCAGAGUGA